CUCUCUAGUUCAAAUGGCGCCAAAAUCGUAAAAGUGUCAACAGGUUGUGUUUGUGUUGAAUUAUAUUAAUUCGUCGACCAUGGACGAAUUAGCUCAUUUGCGAAAGCGCAUCACAACUUCGUUUAAGCUAUGUGGUUUUCUAAUUCGCUCCGAAAACAGCACCUAUCUCGCCGAACAGCUGCUGCCGUUCGAGCCUACCGAACGUGAGAAAUGGAUGACCAUCAUAACGGAGAACUUGCAGGGUCAGAAACUGGCGACGCCGCAUGUAGAACGAGAUGCCUUGGAAAAGGCGAUCAAUGAACUAAAUCGCGUUGGUCUGGAUGAGGGCGAGACUAUAUUUUCACUUAUCAAUGCAUUCACUGUGCCCCGCUAUCGAUACAACACGCGUAUCAAGAAGUUCGAGUUGGACUCGCAACCUCGGCGUCUGCUGCCACAGCCUCGAAUGAAAUCUGAUUAUAUGCAACAACGCUAUGCAAUGCUGCUGCAGAAGACACUACGUCAUGAUCUAUUUGCACCGGCAGUUAUACAAGACGGCGUUGCAGCUGAUGCACAAACCAAAAAAUUCAAAUUGCAGUUUGCAGAAAAUUUACUGGCCACAUCCAACUUAAAGGAGGCUGUUGUAUUGGGCUUGCUCACUCAGUUAAAAGAGGGCAAAUUCUUCGUGGAGGAUCCAACAGGUUGCGUGCAACUUGACUUGAGUGGUGCUCGUUUUCAUGCCGGCUUCUUCUGCGAGGGCUGUUUUGUCUUAGCAGAGGGCAGCUAUGCAAAUGGAGUAUUGAAAGUCGAUGGUCUGGGCUUUCCGCCCGCAGAGCCAGCCAGCAGCAGUCGCGCCUUCUUUGGCACGGGCAAUACUUGGGGCGGUGAGCCUGCUAAGCUACUAAAAUACUCGCCUCGUUUGCAGGAAGUGGAACGCACCAAUACGGAGACAACGAUUGUGUUCCUGUCCGAUGUGCGUUUGGAUCUGCCUAUUGUUAUGGAAAAACUGCGUCAGCUCUUUGUCGGCUAUGAUUCCUGUCCGCCGCAAGCCAUUGUAUUGAUGGGACCAUUUACAGCCAGCACGCGCAAUCAUCAUGAGCUGCGUCAGCAUUUGGAUGCACUGGGCGCUUUGGCUGCCGGCUGCGAGCAGCUUAGAAAGCAAACAGAUUUGAUUCUGGUGCCCUCUGCAGAGGAUCCAACAGCCCCAAAUAUUCUGCCACGCGCACCAUUGCCCGAGUGUCUGGCCGCUGGCCUGCUCAAGGCUUGGCCUCGCACCCAGCUGGCCACGAAUCCUUGCCGGCUUCAGUAUUGCACUCAACAGAUUGUCGUCUGUCGGCUGGAUCUUAUGGCCAAGUUCUGUCGCAAUACACUGCACUUUCCGCCAGAUACAACGCACAUUGAGCAGCAUUUUGCACGCACGCUCGUCUGUCAGGGACACUUGGUGCCCAUACAUCCCAUAGCGAUGCCCGUGCACUGGGAUUACGAUCCAGCACUGUGGCUAUACCCGCUGCCCGAUCUCAUUGUGAUGGGUGAUUCGUGUCAAAGCUUUGCUAGCACUCAGCACGACUGCACCGUACUGAACACCGGCUCCUUUGUUAAGUCUAAGUUUGCCUUUAAGGUUUAUAUACCCGCUACUCGCACCAUUGAGGAUUCAGAGAUACCCGGUGACAUGGAUAUGGAAUGAUUGGCCCUCAAGACUAACUUCUAGCAAUUUGUCUACCCACAAACUCACUCUAGGGAUACACAAUUAUAUUUAUAUAUAUUUACAUAUAUAUGUAUACUCUUUCUAAUAUUUUUUGUUAGGGUCUCACAUGUUGCAUUGCUCUCCCCACUCUACCUAUGAGUGUUUCCCUGUUGAUAAGCGCUGAGCAUCCUCCACGUCGGCCAUCAUAUGCGGCACAGCAUGUGUUCCACAAUCUUUUUUAUUUUUUGGCUGCUGACGCGCCUCGCAAUCUGCUUUUUACUACUCGUCGAGGGUUGUCUAUUAUUUUUCAUGACUUAAAGCCGAUUUGGAAGAAUAUUGUUGCUCUGCUGGCGUCGUCACUUAGCGCCGUGGAAAUUCAAUUUUCCAGACACACACGUAUAUAUGUACAUAUAUUUAUAUAUAUAUAUGUAGUUGAAAUAGAGCCUCGCCAGCUGAAACGACAAUUUUGUUAAUGCGUUUGACCUGGGGACAUCAAUUGCCCUCGUUUUGUGACAUUGCCACGUUUAUUUUCGUCUCCUGCCCAAAAUCGUUUUUUAAGACAUCAUUAGCCAGCCCUUGGCCAGCAAAAGGACACAAGGGACAAAACGCUUCCGAUUGCCCUGCCAGCCAGCGUUGGUAUUGAUUUAUGAUUUAUUGCCAAAUACUUUGAUAGUUCGUUCCAUCGAGUGUCCGGUGUCCUUUUUCUCCUAUCUGUAUCAAUUUCCAAAAUGUGUCCAGUGUGCAAAUUCGAUUGUGUGGGCGUGUCUAUCAGGACUGGGCGUGUCUUUGGCUCUGCCAUUGUUUUCCAUUUUGCGAGCGUCUGCUGGAGCCAAAAGUUGGUAUAAAAAACAGUUGUGUUGGGGCGACAAUCUUGCUUCUGCUUCAUUUAACUGUAACAUUGGGAACUUUUUAAAUUUAAAUAUUGUUUGCGACUGCCACUGCCACUGCCACUGCUGCUGCUGUCGCUGUC